UUAUAAUAUAUCUUCUUGAUGAAUAUUAGUAGUAUCAGUGGCAGUAAUUAUCAUAUACCAACAGUAACAACCCCUUUAUUAUCAGAUAUUAGAAAUGAUAUUAAGAAUAAAGUCAAACGAGUUCCUACUUUUGUUAAGCCCUCUAUCCCAAAUAGACGUACAAUUCUAAAAGCAUUUUUUAACAUAACUCUCCAUUUGCUUUUUGAGCUCGUUCUACCAAUCGUACUGUAUUAUAUUAUAAGAAAUUUCUGUUCUCUCCUUUUGUCUUUGUUGUUAGCAGGUAUACCUAAUGCGAUUGCAGUUAUUGUAAAAGGCAUUUGGGAACGUAAAGUAGAUAUGAUGGGUAUUUUGAUGCUUAUUGGCUUUAUUGUAUCUGCUCUUCUUGCCUCUAUUCAAUCUGAUCCUAGACUUUAUUUAUUGAGGGAAUCCGCUAUGACACUGGCUAUGGGGUUUAUGUUAUUCUUAACUCUAUUCCCCUUAAAAUGGCCACUCAUCAUACUUGAACGAUCGUCAUCAAUAUCAAAGCAGCAUAUUCUUCGACCUUUUAUGUUUUAUGUUGCACGUCAAGUUGCUAUCUCUUGUAAUAGCUUCAUUAUAAAUGCUGAUAUCAUUUGUGAACAUUGGGAUUUGUUUUGGAACUGGUUUGAUGGUUUUCGAUGCUUCUUCAGGACAUUAACUGCUAUUUGCUCUAUGGCUCUUAUUAGUGAAUUUAUCGUUCGUAUUGUGCUGAUCCAUACUUUAGAUAAUCUUGACAGUGUUAUUUAUUAUUCUAAUAUUUAUAUGCUUAUAGUCAUGAUAACAUUAGGAGGCAUAAUCCUUUCUAGUACAUUAUUACUAAGACAUUAUUUUAACUUGGAACAAAAUCGUAUCAAAAUAGCGGAAAGGGCGUCAGAGAUCGAAGCCAUCAUUGCUCGUGCUGCAGUAGAGCAAAAAGAAUCAUUGGUACGAAAACAGUUUCCAUUUGUUUAACCACAUAAUCAAUUCCUAAAUACCAAAUCCUCCCUCUCUCCCACAUAUAUUAAACACUCUUUCCUUUUCCCCCCUUAAAAUAUUAAACAAGACUGCAUAAUAUGAAACUCAAAAAUCUUAAAAAAUAUGCACUUGCCAUGCAUCAUUAAUCUAUAUAGUCUGAACAUCUCAAAAACAGAUAUAGAUUUUAUCUUCAGUUUUCAAUAAAUAUUUAGACAUCAUAUAGGUUUCUCAACAAGCCGUUACUCUUUGAAUAUUUCAAAUUUGAUCCUCAUAUUUUAUACUACAAAAUACAAUGUGCUUAUGAGAAAAUUGAAAAAUAAGAUCAUUUUAUGUAAUACAUACAAAGAGACACAAAUAAAUUAAAG